AUGCAAGACUCAUCUAAGGGUCUCGAGGCGGAUAUUCGUCCUGAGUCCCCAUAUGAAGAUCUCAAAGCCGAACGGGGUGAGAUCUCAGGUCCUAAUACAGAAACCCACAGAGGAUUGAGCUCGCGCCAUGUUCAAUUUUUGGCAUUGGGUGGUUGUAUCGGCACUGGUCUCUUUGUCGGCAGUGGCUCGGCGCUGUCGACUGUUGGACCUGCUCCUUUGCUCAUGGGUUACAUUGUCAUGUCAAGUAUUGUGUACUUUGUCAUGAACAUGCUUGGUGAAAUGACUACCUAUCUCCCUGUUCAAGGAGUUUCUGUGCCUUAUUUCAUCAAUCGGUUCACGGAGCCCAGUCUUGGAUUUGCCGUCGGAUACAACUAUUGGUAUUCUUUUUCUAUGUUACUGGCAACAGAAGUCACUGCAUCUGCCCUCGUAAUCGAGUAUUGGGAGUCACCAGUCAAUGUGGGAGUAUGGAUUGCAAUCAUUCUAGUUGUUAUCCUCCUCUUGAACAUUGUCGCGGUAGCAUGGUAUGGUGAAGCUGAGUUCUGGUUCGCAUCACUCAAGAUCCUUGCAAUCCUCGGUCUCAUUGUCCUCGGUGUCAUCCUGUUCUUCGGCGGCGGCCCUAACCACGAUCGCCUCGGUUUCCGAUACUGGCAAUCACCAGGUGCAUUCAAAGAACCCUACUUGGUUUCGAACAUCAACACAGGCCGUUUCCUGGCAUUCUGGACUGCUAUGAUUAAGUCUGGAUUCUCCUUCAUCUUCUCUCCGGAACUGAUCACCACAGCUGCCGGUGAGGCUGUCGCGCCGCGCCGCAACAUCCCCAAGGCAACUAAGCGGUUCAUCUACCGUUUGUUUGCAUUCUAUAUCCUGGGCAGCUUGGUGAUCGGUGUGACAGUCGCAUACAACGACAAGAGUCUCCUGCAGGGUGUCGCAAGCGGCGGCGCUGGUGCCGGUGCCAGUCCGUUCGUUGUUGGUAUUCAGAAUGCUGGUAUUUCGGGGUUGAACCAUGUCAUCAACGCUGCGAUUUUGAUCUCUGCCUUUUCAUCCGGCAACUCUUGGGUCUUUGCUGGGUCCCGUACACUUUACUCGCUCGCAGCGGAGGGCCAAGCUCCCAAGUUCUUCCUUCGCUGCACCAAGAGCGGUGUCCCAUGGAUUGCUGUACUCGUCACUUGGUCCAUUGGUUUACUUUCCUUCCUGAACUUGUCUGCCUCGGGUGAAACUGUGUUCUUCUGGUUUACCAACAUCACCACGAUUGGGGGUUUCCUCUCCUGGAUUAUUGUGGGAAUCGCAUAUCUGCGUUUCCGCAGCGCCUUGUCAUUCCACGGGCUCCUCGAUUCCCGGCCUUUCAUUACCCCCUUGCAGCCGUAUGGAACCUACUACGCCAUGGGCUUUAUCGGUCUGCUGGCCCUGACCAAUGGCUAUACCAUCUUCUUCCCGGGCUCAUUCACAGCCUCGGACUUCCUUGUCUCCUACAUCGUCUUCGUGAUCUUCUUCGUACUAUACAUUGGACAUAAGAUUGUCUACAGGACCCCAUGGAUGGUCAAGGCGUCGGAGCUUGACAUUUUCACCGGCAAGGAUGAGAUUGAUCGACUCGAAGAAGAAGAUGUUGUACCACAACCCCGAAAUUGGCUGGAGCGCGUCUGGUGGUGGAUUGCAUAG